UCCAGUACUCUAGACACAUGGCAGAGUGUUCAACCCCAUUCCAACAAUCCGACCAGAAGACCACCUCAAAACUGAAGCUUUUUGGUUUUCCGUUGACUGAGCAAGAUGAUGAAAUCCUAUCAAAAACUGAAAAUAGUUUAGAAAACAGGAAAUUCGAGUGCCAUUUUUGCCACCGAGCUUUCGCCAACUCACAAGCACUGGGAGGCCAUCAAAAUGCUCACAAAAGAGAGCGAGAAAGAGCAAGACGUAACCACUACCUUUGUGACCGACGCUUCAUGGCAGCUGCGCCAGUUGUUUGCUCACAUGCUGUCAAUAUUACGGCUGCUGCUGCUAAAUUUAGGCCCCAAUUAGCUAGUGAUUACCCAUCGCAGCCCUUGUUGUUUCUACCAUCAUCUCCUGACCAUCACUUUCCUUCUCGAAUUUACAUCGCACAACCAUUACAUGCUGCAGCUUUAGCGCCAUCUUUUAUUCAAGCACUUCCUGGUAAAUUAUGUUCCAAAGAUGACGAUGUAGGGGUUGAUCUCUGUCUCAAACUUACUCCCUCUGGUUAGAUCAGAUCGAUUGAGUGUUUAAUUGUAUGUGGAAUAUUGAAAUUUCGUCUUUCCAUGGAAAGAUUUUUAAUGUUUGUGAGUUUGAUCUUUGGUGCAAAAGCUCAAUGCCGCUAUACGUGCAUGUUCCAUUUUGCUCCAUUUUAAUUAGUUGCUGCUAAUCAUUCAUGCCAAGAGUCAUUUUUGCCUA